AAAAUGUUAAAGAUCAGUGUAAUUGUGCUCGUUCUAUUUUACAUCAAAAAUAGUGUGUCAAUCCAAAAUAAAAUCGAAAAAGUUUAUGUUCAUCAAAAACAACAAAUAUCCGACCAAGAUAAUACAGCCAGUGCAAGUGGUUAUAUGUAUCGUAGUGAUGGGCAUGGGCCAGCAACUUACGUCGAUUUGGGUGGACAUCCACAACAAAAAUAUGGUUUAGUGCAAGUACCAACCAAAUACUAUCCACAACCUCAACCUCAAAAGUAUUAUCAACCUGAAUAUCUACCAGAGCCUCAGCCACAAGUUAUUUAUCAACAACCACAAGAACAAUACAUUGCACCAGCGCCCCAAGUGAUCUACCAAAAACCUGUUGCACAAUACUCAAAUUAUAUUUUACCAAAACCAGUACCUUUUGUGGAAGGUAGUACUGGUGAAGAAUUUAAGAAAGGCGGUGGAGAACAAUUCAAUGCUGAACAUUUUUCAAAACAAGGCGAAAAAGGCGAAAAAGGAUAUAAAUCUAAACAUGAUUACGAGAAAGGUCAAAAAGGUCAUCAUGGAAACGAACACCAUAAAGGUUAUUAUGAUGAAAAUGCUGGACAUAAAGCUGGUCAUUCUGAUUCUGGAGCUUAUUAUGAUGAAGGGCACCAAGCAGCAAAAGCAGCAAAAGGUGAAAACUUCCAUGAAUCAAAAGGGCAUAAAAAAGGAUCAAAAACUACUGGAUUCCAUAAUGUAUACCAUAAAGAUGAAUACAAAAAAGAUCAUACCUUCUACGAUGAGGCAGAUGUAAGAGGUCAUCAUGAAAAAUACGGUGAUGAAGGGGCACACCAUUCUUCAGCUGCUGGUGGAUUUAAAAAGGGAGGUAGUCAUGAUUCUGCAUUCUUAGAAAAAGAAAAUGGAAAACAGGGACAUUAUGACAAAGGGCAUAACGAUCAAGCACAUAAAGGGUAUAAGGGACAAAGUGGUCAAGAAGAAUACUAUUCUGAUUUAGAAGCUUACAAAAAGAACAACGAACAAAGUGAUGGAAAAGAGUAUGGAUACAAGGAAAGUGAUGGAAAAUAUUAUUAA